CCCUGCGGCGUUCUUCGCUUCGGGCCGUGCCGGAUAACCGAUACACAACUUUUUGCAAAAGCCCUCUGGGCACCGAAGGAAGCUUGCGUUAAUCAAAGGAUCCAUCAGCAUUGACCCAUACAGCCCGGUCAAUUUCUACGGUUACACGAUGCGAGCCGCAUUACCGCACGAAAAACUGUAUUCGCCCGAACGAGCCUUCAGCUCAGGGUAUGACCCACGAGUCUAUCAAACCCGACAGACUGUGUAAUGACAACCAAUGCGGAUAUCAGUUCACGUGUAUUAGUGACGACAGUGCACUAGUCAAAGAAGGAGCUGUAGACUUGUGGAGAUACCUACUAUAUAACCACGUUCAUCUCGACUUCUCUUCUGGAGAAGUCGUGGCGAGGAUUCCAGUUUGCAACGAGUCGACCGGGAUAAUACGCACACAGUACAAUUGGUCCAUCGAAACGGAUGACACUCGCAUGGCAUCUAUGAUUCCAGGCAACACAGCUCCGUGGGCCACAGGACUUAUCACCCACCAUCGGUCUUUCUUGCUGAUCCAUGCACUAUUUGCUUUGGCAAAUACAUCCCUGGAGGGGAUCACUGCGAUACUUGUAGUACUUGUCAUGGACAUGGUACACCGCAUCGAAGAGGAGUGGUCCACACUUAUCUCGAGCAUUCAAAAUAGGGCCAUCCCAGAUUUCGAACAGAUAGGCCACGUCCGGCCUUACCUGCAGCUUAACAUGCAGGCAGACCCACAGUGGGCAGAUGAACUUCAGGACAUUGGACCUCCUCUUUCUAGUCCUGGAUGGGCCCAGCGUGUUUGGCCAAAUCUGAAGGUCCUUUCAGGCGUUUGUAGCGGUCUUGGACCGAACGUAGUUAUCCACAACCCUUGCUAUAUAUGUACGGAAUGCCUCAUAGGCAGAUCCCUCAACUUCGACGAUACCGAGACAUUUGUUGUUGCAACCAACGACCUCAUCGAGUUUCUUGACAUGACGGAACCACAGACACAUGGACAAGUGCUUCAAGCGUGGGACCUUCAACCGGGGAAGUUCUACCAGCCUGUGUCAGCGACCCAUGAUGGACUAUGGAGAUACUUUAUAGAUGGCGUCGUCCAAGUGACCGGAUUUGACCCGCGUAAUGGGUUGCCGGUAUUUAGGUACUCCAGGCGGAAGAAGUAAGCAAAAUUCCUUCGGUGACUUGUUAUACUCUGCUGACUAUGAUGCCCUCGUGCACAAUCGUGAAGUCUGGAGCUCCAACUGCCGCAUGCCAUGAUCACAGAAGCUGAUCUUGUCAGCGCGAUUCACCCGAUCAG